AUGGCAUAUGAUGGACUACUAGUGGGUACUCCCAAGAGAUCCUCAAUAUUCGGCCGUGGCUCACGCGCCCAAGAAUUCACUCCUAUAGGUGAAAAGCGACACAGCGGUUUCCAAGUGAUUCACAAUUAUCCCCAAAAUGAAGCGCCUAAAUUGUUUAAACCAAUUGUUCAAAAUUCUCCUCGUCGUGAUAUAGAAGAAGAGUUUUCCCAGAGUUUCUAUGAUGAUGACACCAUCGAUAAGUUUGAUCAUAAUUCACCAAUCAAGACCAAUGUCAAGUAUGAUUCUGGCAAACCCAAACUGUUUGUUAAUGAUGGAGGAAUCUCGAUUAAAGAGCUGGAAGAGAGAAUUAAACAGUUAAGUGCAGAGAACUUCCUGUGGAGGUUAAAGUUUAUGGAGUUGAAGAAGUAUUUGGAUUCUGUUCCCAAAACUGACCGUGAACUCAUGUUGGAAAAUGUUGAUUUAAAGCACGCAAUUGUGGAAUUGGAAAAGCGGUUGGAAAGUGGUACUCAUGUCAGGCUGGAUAACUCUGAAUAUGAACGCAUUAUUCGUGAUAAGGAUAAUCAGAUUCAUUCAUUGGGUAAUCAGAUUCAUGAAAUGGAACAAGAUAUACUAGAACUUGAAGAUAAGUACAGAACUCAACAAGCUGAUCUUGACCACCAGCAGGAAAAAUUCGACCGCUUACAGUCUUCCCAUCAGAAUGAAAUUGUGCACCAGCAAGAAAAACUCGAACGCCUUCAAUCGACCCAAGCAGACCUGGCCAGAAGAUCACAAAGCGAAAGUAAUGAACUCGCCGAGGCCCAGCAUGAGAUUCAAGAACUUAGGAAUCUCCUUGACCUUCAUAAUCUGGAAAUGAAACAGCUUAAUGAAGACAAAAUAGAAGCCGAGACAAAGUUCAAGAAACUUCAGCAAGAAAUGAUGAAUGAACUCGAAGAUUUACAUGAUACCCAUAAACGGGAUAGACAAGAGAUUGCUCGACUAGAACAAGAAAUUGUCAGAUUGUCCGAACAGCAACAGCGAUUCAACACGAAUGAUAAUCAAUUACGUCAAGAAAGAAACCAGUUGUUGAACCAAGAAAAGGAUUAUUCGUCCAAGUUGUCUGAUCUUCAACGCCAAUUACGCGAUAAAUUAGAAUUAGAGCAAGUGUUGAAAUCCAAAUCCGCCGAUUUAGAAAGAAAGUUGUCUAAAAAGUCCAUUGAAGUUUCUAAUUUGGAGCAACAAUUGCUGGAAAAGACUAAAGAAGUAAUGAAUCUUGAAACUAAAAUUGGAUACUUGAAUUCAAAAUCUAAAGGAGAAACUGUACUUCAAACCCAACUCCAACAAAAGGAUAUUGAUAUUGAUAGACUUGAAACUAAAUUGAAACAAUUGGAGCAUUCAACAUCACAAGAACAAGAUCAAUUGCGAGAGUUGGAAUUGGAAAGAGGCCACUUGGUAAUGCAACUUGAACUGAAGGACAACCAAUUAUCUUCGCUUAAAUCACAAUUAGGUAAAUCUAGUGAUGAUCAGGACAAGAUCAGAUUCUAUGAAGAAGAAUAUGAAGCUAUUAAACUUGAAUUGGAAGACAAACAACGAGAAGUGUUGAAUUACAAGACAAGAUUAGGUAAACUUGAACAAGAACGUAAUAAAUUGGCCGAUAGAUUAGAAUCUGAUGAAACUAAAUUUAGAAGUUCAGAUAUUGAACUUCUGCAAUUAAAAGCUGAUAAUGAAAACCUUGAACGUGUUAACAGAACCUUGAAGGAUAAGUUGGAUACACUUAAACAUGAAUUAAAUACAUUCAGUACUUCCACAAGAGACCUUUCCAAACUUCAGAUUGAGAAUAGGAAACUCAACGAACAAAUCACUACCCUUGAUACUAAAUUGUCAGAAUUCCAAAUUGAAAAUAGAAAAUUGCAAGCUGAAUUGGAUAAUGUUUCCAGUUCUAAUCGUGUACUCAAGAGUGAAUAUGAAACGCUUAAUCAAAUGAUGAAUAGUUCAAGACUGACUAAUUCACAAUUGGACGAAUUGCUUCAAGAUAAUCGUGAAUUAGUUGAACGAUUGGAAACCGCUAAUAGAACAGCUGAAUCUAGAUCUCGUGAGAUUCGCAAGUUGGAAUUACUCGUGGAUGAUUACAAAUCCAGAUUAACUUCUAGGUUUGACUCUAACGAUUAUAUCGAAGAUUUAGUCCGGGAAAUUUCUCAGUUGAAGGACAAGUUGCAUGAACGCGAAGUUUAUAUUGAUAGAUUGUUGGGCGAUUUCGAUAGAACGAGAGAUGAUCCUAUGUUGGAAUCAAAAUUAAAGAAUGCACAAACAUUAAUUGACAAUUAUGAAAGAAAAAUCAAGAUUCUUGAAGAUGAGAUCUUAUCCCGGGAGAGAAGUGCCACUCGUGAUGAAUCACCAAUUGAAGCAGUAUUGGAAUUAAAGGUUCAAGCUGCCAAUGAAAAGAUCGACACUCUUUCCAAGCAAAUAUCUGACCUCAGGAAGAAGCAAGAUUCCGACAAGUCCAUUAUUCACAAACUUGAAAAUGAAAAGAACUUGCUUGAAGACGAUUUGUUCCUCGUUAGAUCCCAACAAAAGGAAAUCUCCCGUGAAAAGGAACGACUUGCUGGUCAAGUACUGAACUUAGAUGAAGAAUUAGAACGAAUGACUAGAAGUUGUCGGUUGAUGUCACUCAAGGCACAUGAUUACAAGCAGCAAAUCAUGAAGAAAGGGGAUGCUAAUUAUGAAGAUAAAUUUAAUAUACUUGAAAAGGAAGCCAUCUAUUAUAAAGCCAAGUUAAGAGAUGUUAUGAUGAAAGCUAAUGAUUUCCGCAUGAUGAAUACGUUUAUUAUGAAAUCUAUUACCGGGAAUACCCUGAUGUAUGAUGGUAAAAUGAACCUAGCUAAAUUGGGGAUCUACCCUGAAUAUGUGGCGACAUACAAGCGCAAGGAAAAGCUAACAUUUAAAGGGGUGGCUAAAUUUGUAUUGGCGGCUAUAAGGUUGAAGAACCGAACUAAAAAGUCCAAGGUUCGAUCCAAGGAUUUGAAAGCUUUGAAGAGCGAGAUUGAGUGUGGCAGGAUUCAAUUAGAUAUGUAG